AUGGCCCAGGUCAUCGGGAACCAGGCUCCGCAUCUCCAGGUGGAGGCGCCCAUCUCUGCACCGUCCAGUGAUGUCGCGGCACAGGCACCGCAACCGCAGGCGACGCGUGCCCAGCCCAUGCGAAACUCAAGGACGGUAAGCUUCGCCGAUGUGGAGUCGGCAAUCUCUCAUGAGGAACACACGAUAGGCGUCCAUUCUCAGUUCACCACCGCAAGUAGGCUGUCCAGAAGGUUCCAGCGCAGUGGGAGGUCCCUCUGGCGGUAUCCCAGCAACGCAGGACAUGUGCCCCGCUACAUGCAGAGGGCCUUCCGCGUCAAGACUUUUGGCCUUCUGGCGCUGCAGCUCCUGGUGGCCCUGUCGAUUGGGGCGGCGAUGAGCUAUCUACAGCUUUGGAAGAAGUUCGAGGUCCCUUCGAGUCCGGCAAUCACAGAGGUCAUCACCUAUGCGACCGGUGCGGUCAACUUGCUUUGCGUGCUGCUGCUGCACUUCCUGUCCGACAGGUUUCCUGCGAAUUACAUGUGCCUGAUGCUGACAACCGUAAUCUCGGGGAUCUUUUGGGGGCUGACGCAUCUGGCGCCCCAAUUUGGAGAUGAGUUAGUGCACGUACAGAUUGGCUUGGUCCUGUGCAUCACCAUGUUUGUGGCAGCAGUGCUGUCCUACAUCCUGGACAGCAGAGAGGAAAAGAUGGAUGGCUGCAGCUUAGUUGCCAUCUGCGUUGGCUCUGGCUACAUCUUGGGCUCGCUGACCAAUGUGCUCAUCUUCACCCUGGUGCUCGAGGCGACGGCCUUUCAGCUCUUCGGCGGCAUAGGCUUUGCGCUGUUGCUGCUGGGGAUCCUGCUGCUGGAUGUCGGUGGUUUGCUGGUAAGCUGCCUGCCCGACGACUUCAUGACUGUUAUUGUGGCAAUGAACUCGACCCUCCUGGUAAUUGUUAGCAUUCCCUUCUUCUUCCUCGGCUUUUGCAUUUUGAGGUUGGGGGAGGUCGAGGAGCCGGCGCAAGGAGAGUUACCGGAGCCAGCGAGGCAUGGUCGACCGCUUCCAUAA